UACUCUCUCCUACAAUUUGUUUUCUUCUCACUUUCUCAACCUCGUUCUCAUGGAGUUCCCUGACCCUCGAAAUCAAAAUCUUAAUUCUUUACAAUUUUGUCAAUAAAAUUCUUAGUUUGAUCUUCAAAUUCUUGUUCUUGGAUAAUUAACAGCUAACGGUGUGUUUCAUUCUGCUAAACAAUAAUCACAUGGCUGCUGGUCUUUGCAACUUUCUUCAUGGCUUGAAACCGACGAUGGUGAUGUUGCUAGUUCAGGUCAUUGGUGCUGGGCUUAAUUUAAUGCUCAAGUUGGCCUCCAAGGAUGGCAUGAACCUUCAAAUUUUGGUUGCUUACCGAUGCAUCUUCGCAACCAUUUUCUUGGCUCCAUUUGCUUUCUUCCUCGAAAGAAAUACCAGACCAAAGUUGACAUGGAUGGUCAUCUUCCAAGCAUUCCUUUGCGGCUUAUUUGGGGGAACGAUGUCUCAAAACUUAUACGUGGCAUGUUUACAAUUAACUUCUGUGACAUUUGCAACAGCCAUGGGAAACCUUAUUCCAGCCACAACAUACAUCAUGGCUGUGAUUUUCCGCCUAGAGAGGCUCAGGAUUCGGACCCUAGCAGGUCAAGCAAAGAUACUGGGGACCGCCAUAGGCAUAGGAGGGGCAAUGGUGUUGACCUUUAUAUUGAUGGGGAUUGAUCGUGAUCGUUGA